AUGGAGGUCCCAGCGAUCGGAGCGCAACUCUUCGAGGCCAACCGACAAUACUAUCGAGCGCUGCUUCCGUCGCACAUUUCAUAUCACCUGGACGAAGCGGGACGAGAGUUCUUGUAUGAUUCGCGACUGGAUAGAACGCGCUGGCUCUGGGAGCGCCGAAAGCUUCCGAACCCUGCCGCAGCCGACGCCGGUCGGUCGCUCACCGUCUAUGUGAACUGCGUCGACGGGAGACGCGCCCCUGCACCGCCCAUUUUUCGUCCGGGCGCUAAACAGGACGGGGACGGCUCGGGUAAAAGCUUGUCCAAGACGGAAACGACCUGUCUAGCGGCGGGUGGACUCGCGGAAGCCGUCACGCAAAGAGAACGGACCGGUUCCCGGGACAAUCGCCUGCAGGCCCAGCCAGCAGGGCCCAAGCUCCAAGCCACCGCACCGAAGGUCUCGGAAAAAGCGGGUAUUUCGCUGGGCAACCACGCGUUUUUCCCCAAAGCGAUGACGGGAACGCGAGUUCCCGACCGACGAGGCAUAGCGGAUAUGCCUCAGCGACCGGCUGCACACCCGCUGGGAAUGACACCCUUGCAAGCUGCUUCCGCCUUGUCGGGCAAUGAUGCGGCAAUUUACCCGUUGGAAAACCAGUUAGGAAACCAUCAUUUAAGGGCCGGUUGGGAUCCAGUUUCUCCCGAUACGCUACUGCGGCAUCAAAGUGGCUCGCCAAUGCACACUCCCAGUGCACACGCGGAAGCAUCCCGGCGACGUGCCCGUGCGGAACGUUUCCGGGAACACCUGAAAUGCGGACAGCGCCUGGAAGCAUCCCAGCUUAUCGUGUCCAAGGAUAACUCGCGGGCGUCUCUGCAGCAGACGGAUGCGCAUGCACAUCGGCUCGUCGGAACGUCGGCUGUCCUGGAGAAAACAUAUUUGCGACUCACGAAAGAGGCCCAAGCUGAUCAAGUUCGCCCGCUUUCCGUUCUGGAGACGGCUUUCGCCCAGCUCAUGUCGCGAUGGGAGCAUGGCAGCAUAGACUAUACCUUCCUUCGCGAGCAGUUGAAAGCCAUUCGGCAGGAUAUGCAAGUGCAAGGUCUAGGUGCUGAACAUCGCCUCGCUUUCGAUGUAUACGAGACGCAUGCUCGCCUCGCCAUCUUCCACGACGACGUCGCAGAGCUCAGCCAGUGCCUUUCGAUGCUGAAAUCAUUGUUCCAGGCGAGUCGCUCCGAAUAUCGUUCCAAUCAGAGAGAAUUUCUCUCGUACAGCGUUUUGUUGGCUCUGUAUACCGGGAGUCUGCUCGAUGUUCGGCUCAUUUUGCGCGACGAAGACCUGCUUGGCGAUGCUGCUGCCGAAACUGUCGCCGAAUCAAGCGCUGCACGCGACACGAUAGACCUGUGGAGCACUACUGUGCAGCUCGUUCUAGCGCUCGCUCGCCACGAUUACUUUUCGUUUAUGCGUAUCCGAAAGAGAUUGCCACCAACGGCAAGGCAUUUGGUGUCCUGGUUCGACACGCGCAUUGUUCAACAAGUUCUCAACGCCGUUCAGACUGCUUACCGUCCCAGCGUCCCGUUGGGUUUCAUCGAAGAGCUCGUGGAUCUCAAUCCUGAAGACUCCUCGAUACCCGAAAGGCGAUCGCCACAUCGCGCAUCGGUGAAGCAGCAUCGCAACAGCACGCUGCAUCCAGAGCGGUGCUCCUCGUUAGAACAAAUCUUGACACUAAGUGGCGCGCAAGUUUCCGCCGAUGGUCAAGCACUGAUCUGCAACCGUCGACCGCCGGCUCAGACGCAAAUCAAACCUCAGAGUGCACCAGCGAAUGCACCUAGUCCAAGGAAUCUAUCAAGCGAAUGA